AGAGCUGUGCGAGCUCAGCUGGUCGCAGAGGGCACCGGCGGCUGCAGGAGGCUGCCCAGGGAACCCGAGGCUGGUGAACAGGGACCCGCAGUGCGGGUUAUGCUGAGGGCUCGGAUCACCAGGGACAAAGGGACAAUUAGGACAGCGCCAUGGAUGAUUCCCAGGAGAAUCCUGAAGAGAUAGAGGUGAUUGUGGAGGAGGAUUAUGAAGGCCCAGGUAUCAUUACAUCCCCGCCGGAGGCGAUUAUGGAGGAGGAUUAUGAAGGCCCAGGUGUCUCUAUGUCUCAGCCGGAGGAGCCAGUAGCUCACCCCACCGAGCGGACAGCUGCAGACCACCACACCAUCACGCACCCAGGCACCGGUGAGGUCUACGUGGAGCUGCAGGAACUGGUGAUGGACGGGAAGAACCGGGAGCUGCAGUGGAUGGAGGCAGCGCGCUGGGUGCGACUGGAGGAGAACCUGGGGGAGGACGGGGCCUGGGGCCGCCCACACCUGUCUUACCUCAACUUCUGGAGCCUCCUGGACCUGCAGAGAGCCUUUGCCAAGGGUUCUGUCCUCCUGGACCUGUCAGAGACCUCCCUGGCCGGGGUGGCCGAGAAGCUGCUGGACCGCUUUAUCUAUGAUGGGCUGAUUCGGCCUCAGUAUCGAGAAGACCUGCUCUGGGUCCUGUUGCUCAAACACAGCCAUGCCAGAGACCUAAAGGAGCUAGAUGGUGUGAAGCCCACGGUCCUGACACCUUCUGGGGGCACUUUACAGCCUCUGCUUCCCGAACACCCUUCGCUGGAGACACAGCUCUUCUGUGCACAGGGAGAGGGGGACACAGAAGAGAGCUCGCCAUCUGGAAUUCUAGAAAAGAUAUCCCCGGAUUCAGAGGCCGCCCUGGUGUUAGUGGGCCGCAUCUCCUUCCUGGAGAAGCCAGUGCUGGGCUUUGUGCGGCUGCGGGAAGCUGUGGAGCUGGAGGCCACCGUGGAGCCCUCCGUGCCUGUGCGCUUCCUCCUUGUGUUGCUGGGACCCGAGGCGCCCCACACGGACUACACUCAGCUCGGUCGGGCUGCUGCCACCCUCAUGUCGGAGAGAGUGUUCCUCAAUGAGGCAAACACGGCCCAGAGCAAGGAGGAGCUGGUGCGCUCCCUAGAGGGCUUCCUGGACUGCAGCCUGGUGCUGCCUCCCUUGGAUGCCCCCUCGAAGCAGGCGCUGCUGAGUCUGGUGCCUGUGCAGAGGGAGCUGCUGCGGAGACGCUACCUGCCCAGCCCUGCGAAGCCGGACCCCAGCUUCUACAAGAGCCUAGAUUUGGGUAGGGGUCCAGGGGUCCCUAGUGGCCCAGAGGACCCUCUGCAGCGGACAGGCUAUCUCUUCGGGGGCCUGGUGCAUGACAUCAAGCGCCGCUACCCCCACUACUUGAGUGACAUCACAGACGCGCUCAGCCCCUCCGUCCUGGCUGUCGUCUUCUUCAUCUACUUUGCCGCCCUGUCACCUGCUAUCACCUUUGGCGGCCUCCUGGGAGAAAAGACAUACAACCAGAUAGGAGUGUCAGAGCUGCUCUUGUCCACUGCACUGCAGGGCAUCAUCUUCUGCCUGCUGGGGGCUCAGCCCCUGCUUGUGAUUGGCUUCUCAGGACCCCUGCUCGUAUUUGAGGAAGCCUUCUUCUCGUUCUGCGACAGGCAAGGCCUGGAGUACAUCGUGGGCCGUGUGUGGAUCGGCUUCUGGCUCAUCCUGCUGGUGGUGCUCGUGGUGGCCUUUGAGGGCAGUGUCCUGGUCCGCUUCAUCUCCCGCUACACCCAGGAGAUCUUCUCCUUCCUCAUCUCCCUCAUCUUCAUCUAUGAGACCUUCAGCAAGCUGGUCAAGAUCUUCCAGGAGCACCCACUACAGAGGAAUUAUGACCAGAAUGUGAUCACAGAGCCCAAACCUCAGGCCCCCAUGCCUAACACAGCCCUCCUCUCCCUUGUUCUCAUGGCCGGCACCUUCUCCAUUGCCAUGAUGCUGCGCAAGUUCAAGAACAGCACCUACCUCCCCGGCAAGCUGCGACGGAUAAUCGGGGACUUUGGGAUUCCUAUCUCUGCCCUGAUCAUGAUCAUGGUGGAUUUCCUCAUCCAGGAUACCUACACCCAGAAACUCAGUGUGCCUGAAGGUUUCUCGGUGUCCAACACCUCGUUCCGGGGCUGGCUCAUCCACCCACUGGGCUUGUAUACCCGUUUCCCGACGUGGAUGAUGUUUGCCUCGGUCCUGCCUGCCAUGCUGGUCUUCAUCCUCAUCUUCCUUGAGUCCCAGAUCACCACGCUGAUUAUCAGCAAACCAGAGCGCAGGAUGGUCAAGGGCUCCGGCUUCCACCUGGACCUGCUACUGAUUAUGGGCAUGGGCGGGCUGGCCCCCCUCUUUGGGAUGCCCUGGCUCAGUGCCACCACUGUGCGUACUAUCACCCACGCCAAUGCCCUCACCGAUGUGGCUAAGGCCAGCACCCCAGGGGCUGAAGCCCAGAUCCAGGUCAGGGAGCAGCGGAUCAGCGGGCUCCUGGUCGCUUUGCUUUUGGGCUUGUCCAUCCUCAUGGGACCCGUCCUGCGUCGCAUCCCCCUGGCUGUGCUGUUUGGCAUCUUCCUCUACAUGGGGGUCACAUCCCUCAGCGGCAUCCAGUUCUUUGACCGCAUCUUGCUUCUGUUCAAGCCGCAGCAGUACCACCCGGAUGUGCCCUACGUCACGCGGGUAAAGACCUGGCGCAUGCACUUGUUCACGAUCACCCAGAUCAUCUGCGUGGUGGUGCUGUGGGUGGUGAAGACCUUCCCGGACAGCUCACUGGCCCUGCCCUUCGUCCUCAUCCUCACAGUGCCCCUGCGCCACUUCCUGCUGCCAAUGAUCUUCAGGAAUCUGGAGCUCCAGUGUCUGGAUGCUGACGAUGCCAAGGCGAUCUUUGAUGAGGAGGAAGGUCAGGAUGAAUACGACGAGGCGACCAUGGCCGUGUAAGGGGAGGGCCUGGGCCUCAGAGCCUCCUCCACCAUUCCUCUUCCCCACUCUCCCGGGAAAAGCAGAAGUUCAUGGGCACCUCAUGCUCUGCAGGCCCCUCCUGGGACAGCAGUUGAGGCCCUGGGGCUGUGGGCAAGGGAAGGAAGGGGUGUCUGGGAAACUUUCCACUAAGGGUAGAUCAGCUUUUCUGCCUGGAAAUGGCCAGUGGAGCCCAUACUGGGGAUCCGAUGUGCAGUCUCUCCUGCUGCCACACUGCCAUAUGGGGACUCUGGCUGAAAGACUCAGGUCUGAGCCCCCUCUCCUCACAGCACAGACAGGGGCAGUCGCGAGAGCAGGAGUUGGUGGGUGGUUCAAGUUCCUGCCUGCUGUGUGACCUUGGGCAAGUCCCUCGACCUCUCCAGCCUCUGCUUCCUCUUCUGUAAAAUGGGUAUAUUGAUAAUAAUACCCACAUUACAGGAUGGUUACUGAGGGCCAAA